GGGUGAAGGAGACGCGUUCCCAGAAUUCAGCGGGCCUUUGACCUCCGUGACCCAAGAUGGCUGCGCCCAGGACAGCGGAGGAGACGCUUUGAGUGAGUGGAAGAUCUAGCCAGAACUUGAAUUACGAUGUCGAAGAUAUCCCGUGCUGCUUCUAAAGCAGUACAAAAGGUGGACCCUGGAAAUUUGAUCCGGUCGAUCAUCCGAGCUGGGCAGGCUGUUCCUGGACCACCCUUAGGACCUAUCCUUGGGCAGAGAGGCAUCUCCAUUGGGCAAUUCUGCAAGGAUUUCAAUGAGCGCACAAAGGACAUCAAGGAAGGGAUCCCUCUGCCCACACGCAUCAUUGUACGGCCUGACCGAUCAUACGAGCUUCAGAUAAACAAGCCAACAGCUACAUAUUUUCUGUUGUCAGCAGCUGGCAUAGAAAAGGGAGCAACAAAUCCUGGGCAUGAGGUGGCAGGAAUGGUGACCUUGAAGCACUUGUAUGAAAUUGCCCUGGUGAAGUCUCAGGACCCGAACUUCGUGCUCCGCGACACGCCGCUCGAGAAGGUCGUCCUGUCGCUCAUGGGGACUGCCCGGUCGCUGGGCAUCAAGGUGGUGAAAGAACUCCAUGCAGAGGAAUACGCUGCUUUCCUGAAGGAGCGCGAAGAGUUAUUGGCAGCUCAGGCUGAAGCAAAGGAAGCUGAACUGGCAGCUGCAAAGAAGAAAUGAGCGCCACCUCCCUCCAUUUGGGCACACUGAGAUUCAGAUCCCCAGAGUGCUUGGAGUGUGAAUGGCGCCGGCUUCUCACUUGUCCAGUCUGCUGUGCACUGGGAGCUAAGUCUGCCCAGUGAUGCCU